CUCGACCCGGGGUGGGGCGGAGGUCCCACGUGGUGCUGCUGCUGGAGCCCAAAUCCCCUCGGGCCGCCCUCCAUCGCUCCUUUCCUUCCUCCCUUUCUCGCCCGCAACGCGCGCCAUGGCCGCCCGGCAGCAGCUCGCUUUGCUCAGCGUCUCGGAGAAGGCGGGCCUGGUGGAGUUCGCCAGGAGCCUGAACGCGUUGGGUCUGGGCCUCAUCGCCUCGGGAGGAACGGCCGCAGCGCUGAGGGAUGCGGGGCUGCCCGUCAGAGACGUUUCGGACCUGACAGGGUUCCCUGAGAUGUUAGGAGGACGUGUGAAAACCCUUCAUCCUGCAGUCCAUGCUGGCAUCUUGGCUCGCAGUAUUCCAGAAGAUAACGCUGAUAUGAACAAACAAGAUUUCAGCCUUGUAAGAGUUGUGGUGUGUAACCUCUACCCCUUUGUGAAGACUGUGUCUUCUCCGGGUGUAACUGUACCAGAAGCAGUGGAAAAGAUUGACAUUGGAGGAGUUGCCUUGCUCCGGGCAGCUGCUAAGAACCACGCUCGUGUGACAGUUGUGUGUGAUCCUGCAGACUACUCUUCUGUAGCUAAAGAGAUGGCAGCAUCAAAGGACAAAGACACUUCAGUAGAAACCAGACGUCACCUUGCACUGAAGGCUUUCACCCACACUGCUCAGUACGAUGCAGCCAUCUCUGACUACUUCAGGAAGGAGUACAGCAAGGGGGUGUCCCAGCUGCCCCUGAGGUACGGCAUGAAUCCUCACCAGAGUCCUGCACAGCUCUACACCACCAGGCCUAAGCUUCCCCUGACAGUGGUGAAUGGCUCUCCAGGGUUUAUCAACCUGUGUGAUGCUCUCAACGCCUGGCAGCUGGUGAAGGAACUCAAGCAGGCAUUAGGGAUCCCUGCUGCAGCCUCCUUCAAACACGUCAGUCCUGCAGGUGCUGCUGUUGGAGUACCUCUCAGCGAGGAGGAGGCACAAGUCUGCAUGGUGCAUGAUUUACACAAGACCUUGACACCCUUGGCAUCUGCCUACGCUCGAAGCAGAGGUGCUGAUCGGAUGUCUUCUUUCGGUGACUUCAUUGCCUUGUCUGAUACCUGUGAUGUGCCUACUGCUAAGAUUAUUUCCAGAGAGGUAUCUGAUGGUGUGGUAGCUCCUGGCUAUGAGGAAGAAGCUCUCAAAAUCCUUUCCAAAAAGAAGAAUGGUGCUUACUGUGUCCUCCAGAUGGACCCUAAUUAUGAGCCAGAUGACAAUGAGAUUCGAACCCUCUAUGGAUUGCAGCUCAUGCAGAAGAGGAACAAUGCUGUCAUUGACCAGUCCUUGUUCAAGAACGUUGUUACAAAGAAUAAAACUCUGCCUGAAUCUGCUGUCCGAGACCUGAUUGUUGCCAGCAUUGCUGUCAAAUACACCCAGUCCAACUCAGUGUGCUACGCCAAGGAUGGGCAGCCUGAGCUGGAAACUCUGAGGCGGUGGCCAGAAGUGCUGGCUUCAACACAGCAUCCCUGGAGUGAUACCCCGUGCGAGCAGUCUGGUGAACAGUUCAGCUCUGGCCUCGUAGGGGCAGGAAAUUAUGGGAGAGAGCUUUCUGACAGAUCUCUGGUACGAAAUGGCAGGAGCUCUUUUUUUGGGAAGCAGAACCUCUGAAAUCUGUGGAAGGAAAACUACCAGCCUGAGGUUUGACAGCCACGGUGUGACUAGAUGGUGUAUUUGUGUGCCUGGCAUGCUCUUGUGGCAGAGGGCUGAGGAGCAGCAGGCAGACCCCCAGCUCAGUAGCUGUGUUUACGCACUGAUCGUUUCAUCUUGGCUGAAGGGGAGCGUGAGAGCUUGCCACAGACGCACAGCAUUGCCUGGUCCGGCUCCAGGCUUGAAUGUAAUGAGGUAUGAAAGCAUAAUAUGCUGACCCUGACAGUACUGAGUUUCCCUGAUUCCUGAGGAGAGUGAAGCUGGUUGUUGUACUGCCAGUGUCCAGUAACCAAGGCUCCCCAGCAACAUUUAAUUUUCAGUAGUGUCAGCGCUCUAAGAGUUGGCUUUGUCUCCAGUGCAGGCUUGCACUCACCUAGAUAAGAUGCCAGGGCUUGUUUGCAUUGUGCUUUGGGCUGUGGCACAUGGCUUCAAGGUUGUCUGUCCCUAUAUCCAGGGGUUGCAGUUGUUUUCCUUGUCUUCCUUGCUGAUUACCUGCGCUUUCUCUCGGAUCCAGUAAGGAGCAACUAAUUUAUGUGAGGUCUUUGCUAAUUGCUCUGAAGUGGGGUGUGAUGGUGCUUU